CCGGUGUCCCGGUGUCCCCGCCCCGCCCCGGCCCGCCGGCCGCCGCCGCCGCCAUCGCCAUGAAGUGCCACUACGAGGUGCUGGGCGUGAGGCGGGACGCCGCCGAGGAGGAGCUGAAGCGGGCGUACCGCCGGCUGGCGCUGCGCUGGCACCCGGAUAAAAACCUCGAGAACGCGGAGGAGGCAGCGGAGCAGUUCAAGUUGAUCCAGGCGGCGUACGACGUGCUCAGCGACCCACAGGAACGGGCCUGGUAUGAUAAUCACAGGGAGGCUCUGCUGAAAGGGGGAGUUGAUGGAGACUAUCAGGAUGAUAGCUUGGAUCUGCUGCACUACUUCACUGUUAGCUGUUACUCUGGAUAUGGGGAUGAUGAAAAGGGAUUCUUUACAGUCUAUCGACAAGUUUUUGAGAAGAUUGCGAAGGAAGAGUUGGAAUAUAUGACCCAGGAAGAUAUUGAAGAAUUCCCUAUGUUUGGAUAUUCCCAUAGUGACUAUGAUACGGUAGUCCACCCUUUCUAUGCAUAUUGGCAGAGUUUUUGUACUCAGAAAAACUUCGCUUGGAAAGAAGAGUAUGACACACGACAAGCCUCAAACCGCUGGGAGAAACGAGCUAUGGAAAAAGAGAACAAGAAAACGAGGGAGAAAGCAAGGAAAGAGAGGAAUGAACUGAUCCGUCAGCUAGUAGCCUUUAUUCGUAAAAGGGAUAAAAGAGUACAGGCUCACAGAAAACUUGUAGAAGAACAAAAUGCAGAAAAAACUAGGAAAGCAGAGCAAUUUCGGAGGCAACAGAAGCUCAAACAAGCCAAACUUGCUGAGCAGUACAAAGAGCAGAGCUGGAUAACUAUGUCAGAUCUGGAGAGAGAACUGCAAGAGAUGGAGGCACAAUAUGAAAAGGAAUUUGGAGAUGGAUCAGGUGGUGAAGAUGAAUUAGAAGAACAGGAGACAAAAGGCAUUGAAGACAAACUGAAUGAUGAAGCUGAAGAAGCUGAAUUUGUUGAUGGUCUGUACUGCCCUGCUUGUGACAAAUUGUUAAAAACUGAGAAAGCCAUGAAGAAUCAUGAAAAAUCAAAGAAGCAUCGAGAGAUGGUAUCACUCUUACGACAGCAACUGGAAGAGGAAGAAGGGAAAUUUCCUGUGUCUUUGGAUGAUGCAGAUGGAAUAGAGACCAAAGAGGAGGAAGAAACAAAAGACAUGCCCAAACAGAAACUCUCAAAGAAACAAAGGAAGAAACAGAAAACAAUGAAGGGUUAUGAGGACUCUUUUGAUCAAAGUGCUGAUGAAGAAACAGUUGAACAAAAGGAGGUGCCCAGCAUGGAGAAGGACAGUGGCUCAACAGAAGAAUUAUUAAAUGAUGGCCAAAGAUGUGCUGUGUCAGAAGACACAGGCAUUGGAGAUGAUGUCAGCCAGGAGAAUGAAACAAAAAGUGAAGAAAAAAGCAGCACUAAGCCUAAAGGGAAAAAAGCCAAGGAAGCAAAAAAGUCUGCCAAGGCAUCUUCAGAGAGCUCAACAACGAAUGAAGAUCCCAUCCACUGUGUAACCUGCAAUUGUACAUUUCCGUCCCGAAAUAAAUUGUUUGAACACCUAAAAGCCACAGGACAUGCAAGAGCAACGACAACACCGACUGUAAAUGGAGCGGUGAAUGCCAGAAACAAAAAAGAGAAACGUAAAAACAGAUAGAACUUUGCUACAGUGACAGUCUUCAGAAUUGUACAAUAACACUCUCCCAGAACUGAAACAUGCACAUUGCCUGUGUCUGGAGUUAAACAAAGAAGUACCAAUUUAGGAAAAAAUGAAGAUGCACAAAAGGAAUACUGUCUUGUGAAGGAAUCUGUGCUUUCUUCUGUUUUUAACAACCUUCCUUUAAUCACAAAAUGGUUUGGUGGCAUGGCACAGGUGCUGCUUCCACAGAGCCACCUUGUCUAAAGCCCCUUACCCUGCAGCACCUUUCACACCAUGGGUGGGGAAAUAGUAACUCAAAGCUACUCACCCUGUGUUCUUGUAGAAACCUGCAUGGAUGAAGUACCCACACAGAGGAAAUAAUAAAUUAUUUUGACAUG